AUGGCCAAGGCGCACAAAACAUCUGGCGGCAACAAGGCCUACCACAACUUUCAUAACGACUUCUUGCAUGUCAAGGACGUCAAUGAGCGGAGGCGUCUUGCCCUGGCCGAGGUCGACCGAGCCCCGUUUGGCUGGUACCAUGUCCGCGCCAUUGUCGUGGCUGGCGUGGGCUUUUUCACGGAUUCAUACGACAUCUUUACCGUCUCGCUCCUGACUCUCAUGCUUGGUGUUGUGUAUUACCCGGGGGUGGGACAUAUGCCCAUUACCUCCGACACGGCCAUCAAGCUGGCUACCUCGGCAGGCACAAUUGUUGGCCAGCUUGGCUUCGGCGCCCUGGCCGACGUCGUCGGCCGAAAGCGCAUGUACGGCUUGGAGUUGAUCCUGAUCAUCUUCGCUACGCUCGCUCAGGCCCUGACAUCGUCAUCUCCGUCGAUGGAUAUCAUCGCUGUCAUCAUCUUCUGGCGUGUUCUCAUGGGUGUAGGCAUUGGCGGUGACUAUCCCCUGUCCAGCAUUAUCACGUCCGAGUUUGCCACGACAAAGUGGAGAGGCGCCAUGAUGGGAGCUGUCUUCGCCAUGCAAGGUCUCGGCCAGCUCGCUGCUGCUUUCGUCAUGCUGUUCCUCACACUUGGCUUCAAGAAAUCCCUGGAGGGCUCUACGGGACUCGCAACUUGCACUGGUAGCUGCGCAGAAGCUGUUGACAAGAUGUGGAGAACUUUGAUCGGCUUUGGCGCUGUCCCGGGGUGCAUUGCGCUCUACUAUCGUCUGACUAUUCCUGAGACGCCUCGCUACACAUUCGAUGUCAAGUUGGAUGUCGAGCAGGCUGAGGGCGACGCUGAGGCCUACCUCAGGGGCAGGCCCAAGGGCAGUCCGGAUCAGCUCGCCCGUGCUGUGACGCAGGCUAAGGCAAACCAAGAGAUGAAAGCGUCAAAAGCCAGCUGGAGCGACUUCUUCCGUCAUUACGCUAGACCGAAGAACGCCAUGCUCUUGGCUGGAACAGCUCUCUCGUGGUGCUUCCUAGACAUUGCCUACUAUGGUAUCUCCCUCAACCAUGCCACCAUUCUCAGCGUGAUCGGCUACUCGACUGCCGGCGCCAAGAACACAUACGAGAUCCUGUACAACACAGCAGUCGGCAACAUGAUAAUUGUGCUGGCUGGUGCCGUGCCGGGCUAUUGGGUCACGGUGUUUACCGUCGACACGCUGGGGCGCAAACCGAUCCAAUUCAUGGGCUUCGGCAUCCUAACCAUCCUCUUCGUCGUCAUGGGGUUCGCCUACUGGCACCUUUCGCCCAGCGGGCUGCUCGCCAUCUUCGUGCUCGCUCAGUUCUUCUUCAACUUUGGGCCCAACGCGACCACCUUCAUCGUCCCUGGCGAAUGCUUCCCGACGCGCUAUCGCUCUACCUCGCACGGCAUCUCGGCCGCCAUGGGCAAGAUCGGCUCCAUCAUCGGCCAGGGCGCCAUCGCACCGCUGCGCACACGUGGUGCCGUUCCUGGUAAUCCCAACCCCUGGAUGGACCACGUCUUGCAGAUUUACGCCCUGUUCAUGUUCCUCGGCCUGGGCACCACGGCCAUGAUCAAGGAGACGAAGCGCAAGACGCUCGAGGAGCUGGCUGGGGACGAGGACGAGGACGAGAACCGCACAACUGUGGGCCUGCCCACAACGGAGAUGGUCGAGGCGACGCCUGCAGUUGCUUCUGGCGCUAAUGGGAGCGGCUGCGGAAGCGAAAACGAGAUACGCCAGGAUACAGGUGAGAGUAAAUAGUGAAUGAGAUUACCUAUGAGUUU